AUGGCCCAGGAAGAUGAACUGGACGCGCGACAAGACCAAGGCGUAGGGCGGACUCCCGAGCGGGACUUUGUACUCAACACGACGGCGGACGAAGGAUUCGGCAGGAGGAGCGCAAGGCACAAGAACAGAUACUACAGAUCAAGGCGCGAGGCUACGCUGGACAUGAUGAAGACCGAUGCGCGGACGUGCAAGGAGCAGAACAGAUACUACAGAUCAAGGCACAAGAAGCGGAGUGUUACAUCGAUCGACGGCAGUACCGACGGCUUCCAGACGUUGACGAAGGGACCUGUGAAGGAGAGCGACGCAGCGAGCCGCCAUUUUCACCAAGGACGAGGAGGAGGGAGGGGGAGCAUGGAGAGCCUCACAUUUCAUGGCGGACGCGGAAACAGGUACGAACCGGAACUGUACCCAGUGUAG